AUGGCAUUUCUCACCCUUCCAGGACAUCACAUUUGCUGUACUCUGAGCCGGGUGGAAGGGCACUGCAUACUGCAGCAUCCAGAUGGGACUGUCCUGAAGCAGUUGCAGCCUCCACCUCGUGGUCCCAGGGAACAGGAGUUCUACAACAAGGUUUAUGACCCUGACUGUUGUGACAGCAUUCUUCUGGAGCUGCGGAAAUAUCUGCCAAAAUACUUCGGUGUCUGGUCACCACCUACUGCACCAAAUGAUACGUAUCUAAAACUGGAAGAUGUGACCCGCAAGUUUAAUAAGCCUUGCAUAAUGGAUGUAAAAAUAGGUCAGAAAAGUUAUGAUCCGUAUGCUUCGGUGGAGAAGAUACAGCAGCAGGUCAGCAAGUACCCGCUGAUGGAAGAGAUUGGCUUUUUGGUGCUCGGCAUGAGGGUGUACCAUGUCUCCUCAGACAGCUAUGAGACACAAAACCAACACUAUGGAAGGAGCUUGACCAAGGAAACAGUAAAGGACGGCAUCUCAAAGUUUUUCCACAGUGGGUACUGCUUGAGAAAAGACGUGGUAGCUGCCAGCAUUCAGAAGAUUGAAAAGAUUUUGGAGUGGUUUGAGGGCCAGACACAACUCAACUUUUAUGCAAGCUCGUUGCUUUUUGUCUACGAAGGUUUGUGUCAGGCAACAACUGUGCGGUUGAGUGAUGUCACUUUGGUGGAGAAGAGAGGAAUGCCCAAAGGCCUGUUAUCAGGUGGAGAUGUAUUGGAGUGUAAUAAUAAUAUUCAUGUUAUAAAUUCUACAGAGAAUGGAAAAAUUGAAGCCUCUGUAAGUAAAGGCUUGUCCAAAUUUUAUGCACUUCACAAAAAGUCGUGCUCAAAGAGGCACCACAGUCAGCUCUCACUAAAGGUUGAAAACUUGGAGCAAGACAACGUGUGGAAAAGCAGCACGUGCAUUGCACAGGAGCACCUGAAUGGAAAUGUUCUACCCCAACUGGAAAAGGUUUUCUAUCACAUGCCAGCAGAGACCAAGGAAAGUGCAAACGUUGAGGUCCGAAUGAUCGAUUUUGCUCACGUGUUUCCCAGCAACGCAAAGGAUGAGGGCUACAUUUAUGGUCUGAAAAAUCUAAUCACAGUACUUCAGAGUAUUUUGGAUAACUAAAUUCUUUGCUAUGUUUUUUUUAUCGGGGCCAAUGAUAAAGAGCAACAACAUGAAGAAUUUCUGCACUUGUAAUGCUGUAUACUGGGUUUGUAUUGUUCUAUAUUUUAUUUGUCUUUGUACUUUUGGUAGAAGGGUUUAACUUUUUAUAAUUUCACUCAGGAAAAUAAUUGAUAGUUAAUUAGGGAGUGUGAAAGGAUGAAGAUACUUGAGAUAUAAAGCAGGAUAGAUAAAUGAAUAGAAUGAAGUGUAUGUGGUUGUCUUAAAUCCAAGGACAACCAGAAGCAAGGGUUAUGUUAGUUCCUAUAAUGACUUUAGCAUAGGUGACAUUUGCCCACUUAGCCUUGACACUGAGCCGCAUCUCCAUUAACAAAUGUUUAGAAAAUAGACUGAAAGCUGUAAGGUAGGUGCAGGAUGGAUGUCCUCAGCACUGCCUUUGUGUUUACUGUAUUUGAAUAACUGGAGUAACCCUGCUUGGAGAGAAAUCCCAUGCUGAGUCAGCAGCCUUGCUUGGAGCAUCGAAAAGUGCUUUUCCGUGUCACGGGAAGACAUUGCUGUUCUUUCAGCUCUCAUGGGGGCCUUUUCUUCCCCCACCGUGGGUGUCUGUAGCCAAUGUUCACCACUGAUGAUCAACCACAUAAUUUGUGUUGAGGUGCUAAGAAAAUGCUGGAGUAAAAUACCAUAACAGGCUUAAACUGCACAAUUUCUAGAGAAACUGUUAGUUCCUAAGAGAGAGCAAAAGUACGCAGAUGCAAAAUGUUCCAGCAAGUAAUUUGGUUUAGAAGAUUUAAGUCAGUCUGUUAACGGAGUGUCUGAUGCUUUGAUUAAGGGAAAUGCCUCACUCUGUUGUUCUCAUGGCCCUUCUCCAAAAACAUUGCUUCAAGAAGCAAACUAAUGGAGCAGAGGAACAGAGCGUUCUCAGUAAGCCCACAGAGAUCUCUGCUGGCCACUGGCCGCCGGCGUUUCUGCAACAGGCAUUUCACACUUCUGCUGCUGGGGAGCACGGAUUGGAGCCCUGAGCAGUACAGGCAAAGGACUCUCCUGUGGAGAUUGUUUGGCCCUGGAGCCACCAGCUGAGCCACCAGCUGAGCCACCACUUGUGCCAGUGGAGCUGGGGCUCUCCCACCCUGGGCUGCAGCUGCCACCGGUUUCUUCUAGUGACACACAGGCAAGCUGCGCGAUUUGAGAGCUGUCCCGUUUCUUUCUUCUUCAUGGGAAAAAAAAAUCGAGCUGUUGUAUGGAAUGCUUGAGGUCAGGAUGAUGUAUCCAAAGCGUUUUUGGUGUGUCUCUUCCAUAUGCUGUGCUGCCAUAUGUAUACAGCGAGCUGUUUGAAAAGUGGAGACGGCCAAGCCUUGCCAUCUGUAGAGCAAGAUUUUAAUGCUUAAAGCAAAGCCCUGGGAUGAAAACGUUUUAGCGUGGUCCUUGGAAACGUUUGUCUUUUCCACCUGGGCUUACUGUGACCCUGUGACCUCGCUGCUCUCUCUGUACAACGUUCUGCAGUGUGCACUCAGCUGUGUACAUGUCUUGGCAAGUUCUUCAUUUCACACCUGUGAUCUGUAUGAGAAGGAAACACAUAGUUUUUCAAGCAAAUACGCUGUUUUAGAUAAAGCUGAAAUUUUAUCUGAGAACUUGGGUCGAUUGAAGAAACAGGGUAUUGCUGUGUGUGGAACUACAUUGUUUUAACUUCAGAGCUCAUAUUGGCCAAAGCAUUCAAGAAUGAAACCAACUGUUAGUAACAGUGUUUUUGAAGUGUGGGAAAAGGGGCUUGCAGAGGAGGGGCAGUACCAUUUUGUUGACAAUUUCAUGUGAAUUAAGGUGAAGGCUGAGGGGAAAGUACAAGAAACAAAGAGACUUUUUUUUUUUCUACCUGGUAUUUCUCUUGCACCAUAUAGUUAUAGUGUAUUUCCAAAUCUCUGUGAAUUAAUUUAAGCCAUAUUCUAGAAAGAGUUUGUGGGUUUGUUUGCUUUGAUGCUGAUUUCUCUGUUAUGAUUUUGUUGUUCUGUUCCAUAACACUAGAGUACUCCAGGCUUAAGUGGCCUUGUAUGAUAAAUUUACAAGGUUUUAUAGAAAAUAUGGGCAACAUCAUAAUUUUUUGUCCUCAGUAAUUCAUCUCUUCUGGAUUUUAAUCCAUUUUGUGCCAGAGAAAUCAGACAUUUGCCUCAAAGAAGUCAGUUAUUAGAAAAUUAUCUGUAUGCUCUUGGUAUCACUCACUGUCCUGUCUCUGCUUUAAGAUAUACUUCCUCAGUGUUUGAAUGCUCUUUAAUUAUGGAUUGUUUUGUUGGCUAUGGCAGUGUUUGUAAUGCACCUGGAAUAUUGUCAACCUGUCAGAAUAUUUUGAAUAAAAAAAUAAUUUUAUCAUGGUGUUUGUACCGGUAGUUAUUAUGAAUGUAUUUCUGUUAAUUUAAAAUGUAGCUUGAGAGACAGUAGUAUUUUUUUGUUGGAAGUUCUGUAAAUAAAGCUUACUGUAGAGGUGUUGGAGCAUAGUACCAGCUGUGAGUCUUAAGCCUGCAAAGCCCUUAUAUUGACAUUGUUGUUGCACAUUUUAGACUUGGUGUCUUGUAUGUGAUCCGAUUGUUUUCAGUUACAGCUGGAGAUGUAUUCACAGAAAUCAUUCAACAGAAUAUGGAAUUAAUCAGGAGAUGAAGAGGGAGACACUGGUCACUGAGCUGGUACACUGCCAUCAGUCUCCCUUCCUGACAGCAAUGCCCCUUUUGUUCUCUGGCUGCAGUGUACAGGACAGGCAACCAUUGUGUGGAAAUCUUCAUGGGAAUGGUGACAAGGCUUGUAGGUAUUUCUGUCCCAAAAAAUGGAGGGUUGGUCCCUGCCCUGGACUGGUGUGGUGUAGCUGGGUGCUGGGGAUGCUGAGGAAACCUGUCAUUUGAUUUUAAGCAAUAAGACUUGGGUUUAGCAAAGCUGACUGUCAAAAGGGAAGACUCAUGCAGCAUUGUCACUCUUGGACUCUGAGAAUAUAUGCUUUUGAAGCCUUUCUACCUAGGUGACAUGAGAAGUGUGUAUAGGCUUACUUAAGGAGAGCUUGAUUUGUAUAAAGUUUUAUAAAAAAGUAUAUACAUAUAUGGUAUUUUUGGAUAUGGGUGAAAUUUGUUGCAUAAAUUACAUUGGAAUUUAUUAUAUCGCUAUGAAAUGUUUAAAAUAUUUUAAUCAAUUUGUUUUAUGAACUAAACUGGAGACUUGGCUUGUGGUUGUGA